AUGGUCGACAGCUUCCAGGAGUUUGGCACUGUGCAGGUGCUCAGCAGGACCUUGGUCACAGUUCCCCUGAUGAGUGGUCUUAAGAACCAUGAGCACUGUGGAGGAGGAGCCGGACCACAUGAUACCAUGAAGAGAAGCCUGCAGGUCCUGCGCCGCCAGCUGCUGAGUGUCCUAGUGAUCCUGGCUGUGCCAGUGGGCCUGGUGUCUUCUACCCAGGAGCUGUACCCCAGCCGGACCCCCCAGGACCCUGUCUCCAUGGCAGCGCCCCACAGCAGCCCCCCUAACCCGCUCUCGGCCCUGGCCCCCCAAGACUGGCAGCAGGAGGGCUCCAGCAGCGGGGACUCGUGGUCCCCACAGGGAGGGGCAAUGCCCACGGGCAUCAUACAGCCCACCGCAUCCCACAGCUCUUGGGGCUGGCAUCUAAACCACAACACCAGCCUGGCACACAUUGUAACGCCACCCAGUAGAGACAGCCUCAUUCAAGCUGCAGCUACUGUCAGUCCUAACACUGUGAGCUCUGUGAGAGUAAACCAAGACGCUGGCCUUAGCUCUGUCAGCCCCAGCCCAGUCAAGCAGGCCCACUCCCCCAGCUCUAGUGCUCUCAACCCGGGCCACAGCUCCAGUUCUCUCAGUGCAGAUCAGGGCCUCAUGCCCAACUCGUUCAGUGUAAAUAAAGCCCGUAGCCCAGAUACUGUCAGUGUUAACCAGGGCAACAGCCCUCCUAGCCCUACCAGCUCUGGUGGCCCGCAUAGUGAGGUGGCUUCAGACUCUGGGGCUGCCCUGGCUCCUCCUGUGCCCAGCCCACUCACAGAGAGAGGGCAUACUCUUGACCCGGAGCUUGGUGGUCUCCCGUCCCCCACACACACGCAGGCCCACCUGGAGGGGAAUGACGAGGUGGCCACAGAACCCAGAAGCCACGCCCGAGCUGUCCCGACCCCACGCCAUCACCCUACGGGGGGGGCACCUCAUGGUCAACGAAAGGCCCACCAGGGGGCUCAAAACAGAGUGGUCUGCCUCUCCAAAAGAGAGCCCACCAGACAAGCCCCCCUCCCCGGCCCCACCUCUCCAUCUCCCCCCUCCCUGACCCAUGCCAGUCUGGCCCCAAAGUCCAGCCCUGUCUCCACCAAUGGUACCAUAACCAAUGACACCACAGCCCAGGAGACUGGCAGCGGCGGGGGCCCCUCUCUCCUCCCUCAGGGUACAACAACAGACGAUGCCCCCCUUGGCCCACAAAGCCCACUUGGCAAUGGCACUUUUCAUAACGGCAGUGUGGAGGGCAGCCCUAGCAAGAACCCCUCCUCCCAGUGGAACAGCUCGUCCCCUACGGAGCCGCCCUCCACGGCCAGCGAGAACUUUUUGAACCGCCUGGUCCCCGCCACCACCAGGGACCCCUGGGGUCCAGGCAACGGCUCUGGCCCCGCUAUGGACUCGCCGCUGUCCCGCGCCACCAUCUGCCUGAGCAAGAUGGACAUCAUGUGGAUCGUGUUGGCUAUCAGUGUGCCUGUGACCUCAUGCUCUGUCCUGCUGACUGUGUGCUGUAUGAGGAGGAAGAAGAAGUCUUCAAGCCAGGAGAACAACCUGAGCUACUGGAACAAUGCCAUCACCAUGGACUACUUCAACAGACAUGCGGUGGAGCUGCCUCGGGAGAUCACGUCCCUAGACAACGCUGAGGAGCAGGAGACGUGCCUACCUCCUAAUGGAGACUACAGCGACAGUGGGGUGGUGCUGGUUAACCCUUUCUGCCAGGAGACCCUGUUCAUCAACAGAGAGAAGGCCUGUGACAUCUAGAGCGGACAGAUGCUGGUCUGGUGGCCAUGUCCUGAUACCACCAGUACAAGACUGUCAAAAAUAAAAGUCUGACUUUCAAAAUAAAUGUCCCCCGCCCUUUUCUCCCUGUCGUUGUCAUUUUUAUACAUGUAGUUAACUUCAGAGACCCCCACUUUAUACUGUAUAUUAUGAAUACAUAAACGAGACUAAGAGAAGAGCUAAAAACAGACACUAUUUACUAUGAGGGUUUGCCUGCGUAUUUUUCUGAUGUACAUUUUCUACAAAAGCUUAAUUGUGAUAAUGGUUUUUAUGUCUUUAUAAUCUACGGAGUAUGUGUGAUUUGCGUUUUGUUACAGUGGCUUGAUGGUGAGAGCAUUGUGGACGUGGCCACUUGAAUUCUGCUUUAGAGAAAAUAUAUUAUGUAAGAACGUUAUGUUUCAUUUUCUUAAAAAUCAAACCCAAAAUACUUACUGAAAAGCCUGUUGAACUUGAAUUCUGUACCUACGUACUUGAGGGGAUACGGAGGUUUAGGGCAAGGUUUGUGAGGCCAGGUUUUAGUAGAGAGUGCCCAAAGGGUAUAGCGUUGUAUCUGAAUAGACCAAAUGGACUUUCCCCCUCGCGUGUCACCAGCCUCUCUGUUGAGGGACCACGUACAUGUCUUAACUCCCUUUGUCAAGCUGUGUGUGUGUGUGUGUGUGUGUGUGUGUGUGUGUGUGUGUGUGUGUGUGUGUGUGUGUGUGUGUGUGUGUGUGUGUGUGUGUGUGUGAGAGACUAUGUGUGUGUGACUAUGUGUGUGUGACUAUGUGUGUGUGUGUGUGUGUGUGGCGGUGUAUGAAGUGUGUGUGUGCCUGUCUAUCUGUGUGUAUCUCUCUGUCUGUUUGUCUGUAUGGAUUUGUGUUAUGGAGUGGGUUCUGGUUUUGGCAGUCAAUGAUGUUUGUUUAACGUUAGCCCUCUCUAACCUUAAUAUUUUGAGACCAAACAUAUCAUAAUCUCCCUCCAUAAGUACAGUAUUUGUCCAUGAGAGUAAAUUGUGUUUAUUACUGUAAUGUACAGAUAUUGAAUGAUAUUUGAUUUAAUUUCUGGAUGUAAAAAUAAAAAAUGCCGUAGAAAUCAUGACCAAUGAAAAUGCUGAGAUAAUAUUUUAUCCUGAAUAUUUACUGUGAGCACAUACAGUGGCAGAGUUUAAUCAAACAUACAUAUUUUGUUUCAUUAUCAAAUCGAUUUGUGUAUCAUGCUUUACUUUUGCUUUGUCACAUGUUUGUAGUUGCUAAAUGCUGCCUUUUGUUACUGCCUCUGCUUGUCACAUUGUGACACGCUGAUCUGUUAAAUCAUACUACCCUGUGUUUGAAAGUUUUGUUGAAUUAUCGUUAUGUUGAAUGUGUUAUCAAUCUAUUGGAUAUACACUGAGUAUACCAAACAUUAGGAACACCUUCCUAAUAUUAAGGUGCACCCCUCCCCACUUUGCCCUCAGAAGACACUCAAUUCGUCGGGGCAUGGACUCUACAAGGUGUCAAAAGUGUUCCACAGGGAUGCUGGCCCAUGUUGACUCCAAAGCUUCCCACAGUUGUGUCAAGUUGGCUGGAUGUCGUCUGGUUGGUGGACCAUUCUUGAUACACACAGGAAACUGUUGAGUGUGGAAAAACCCAGCAGUGUUGCAGUUCUUGAUACAAACUGGUGCGCCUGGCACCUACUACCAAACCCUGUUCAAAGGCACUUACAUUUUUGUCCUGCCCAUUCACCAUCUGAAUGACACACAUACACAAUCCAUGUCUUGAUUGUCUCAAGGCUUAAAAAUCAUUCUUUAACCUGUCUCUUCCCCUUCAUCUACACUGAUUGAAGUGAAUUUAACAAGUGACAUCAGUAAGGGAUCAUUGCUUUCACCUGGAUACACCUGGCCAGUCUAUGUCAUGGAAAGAGCAGGAGUUCAUAAUGUUUUGUAUACUCAGUGUUGCUGCAAUGGGCAUGAGGUGCCAUACUAGAUAAUGGGUAUUUUGCUAAAUGUAGAAUGGAGAGGAGGGGCAGUAUCUUGUGUCCAGCGUCAUGUAUUUUUUUGUAUCGUAACAUACACUGUCAUUUUUACUGCUGAGCAAUAAAAGAGAAAAGCUUUGAA